AUGACCAUACUGUCACAGUGUUUAAAAAAAAUAGAAAGUUGGCCCUUGCUCCUUCCUCUUUCUCGGCUCCAUCUUCACGGUAGCGGUUGCGGCUGCAGUUCCGUCGCCGACACACAGGUCUUUGUUCGCGCCCAAGGUCUACACACCCUCAAGGUGACUGGCCAAGAGACGGUUGCCCAGAUCAAGGCCCACAUAGCCUCGCUAGAGGGCAUCGCUCCAGAAGAGCAAGUCGUGCUCCUGGCAGGCACACGCCUAGAGGAUGAGGUUACCCUGGGCCGGUGUGGGGUGGAGGCUCUGACCACUCUGGAAGUAGCCGGCCACAUGCUUGGAGGUGAAGUCCAUGGAUCCCUGGCUCGUGCUGGGAAAGUAAGAGGUCAGACUCCCAAGGUGGCCAAACAGGAGAAGAAGAAGACUGGCCAAACCAACCGGCAGAUGCAGUGCAACCAGCAUUUUGUCAAUGUUGUUCCUACCUUUGGCAAAAAGAGCCCCAAUGCCAACUCUUAA